UUUUCAAAUCAAUCAUUUCACUUUGAACUUUGGUAGCGUUCAGUUCAGUGUUUGUAACGGCAAGCCGGCGUGAGGAUUAGUUUUGUCGAGUUAGAAUAUCUGUCGUGUUCUUAAUUGUUGAGCGCGUUUCAGUUUGUUAGAUUAUUGUGUAGUCUAGUAGAGUUCUAUCGAUUUCUGUUGACGAACGCGUGAUCAAGCAAAGAUCCCGGGACGUCACGGACUUCAUCCUUGCAGUGCGAUCGCGACUUCGGUUUCCGAAAACGACAACUUCGGCCGGUUGAUUUUUGCCCGCUAGUGUGUGCGAGACCACGCCAAACGAAACAUACGCGAAGAAAACAAAGUUAUUAAGGGAAGAACAGAAGAAAAACCGCGAUAAAAAAAAUCUCGCGCUCGCGACUUUGUGUAUUUUAUAGAAAAAGAGAAAGAGAGAGAGAGCGCGAAUCUCGCGAGAGAAAAUCACACAAAACGCGCACAAACACAGUGACAGCAAAGUAUAACAAAGGAAAAAGCCCGACAUCGGUCCGGCUUCUCUCCGAACAUCCCUCGCGCCAGUCGCGUUCAAGUCAGUGACGAGAGUGGAGCGUUUUCCUUCCUGCAGCUACAGUUUCGGGUUCGAGUCCAGUGUGGUACGGCGCAAAGCAAAAGAGAGAAAAAAAGAGUUUUAAUCGAAGUAGUGCGUUAGUUGUGCAAGUGCAGUACGUUCGCGUGUGCGUGUGUGUUUUUGUGCGAAAAGAGAAAGAAGUGCGUUGGAAAACCGGGAAGCGUCGCGUUGCAGAAUAAAAAAGAAGCACUUGAAAAUUGGCAUAAGAGACCACGACAACGACGAGGAGCGUUAGAGGCACAAAUUAAAGAAAAAGAAAUAAAAAAGGCGGCGACCAAACCCUUCUCGGCAUCAACCGGAAGAAGCUACAUAUGCUGUAAGAGCAUCCAGCGACGCGUGAGCUAUUAGCAACGAGAAAAACGACUUCCUAGAAGUACAACCGCCCAAAAAAGAGACCAUCUUUUAAGACUCUUUGUCGCUAAAUAAAAACAAACAUCAAAUCCAAAAUGACUGAAACCACCGAAGCCCCAGUCGUCGCCGAGGUCAAGACGCCGUCGCCCACGACGGAAGCGGUCCCGGCCACCAACGGACACGCCGAGGAAGCGCCCGCCGGCGAGAAACCGUCCGAGGAAACGAACGGAACGAGCGAGAAGGCCGCCGACGAUAAGGCCAAAGCAGAGGAGAACGCCCCGCCGGUGAAGGAGAUGCGGGCGGUCACGUUGACCGGGUUUGGCGGGUUCAAGAACGUUAAGAUCCUGAAGAAACCGGAACCGAGCCCACAGGCUGGCGAGGUGCUGAUCCGCGUCCGAGCAUGUGGUCUCAACUUCCAGGACCUGAUGGUGCGCCUGGGAGCGAUCGAUUCCCCGCCGAAGACGCCCACCAUCAUGGGCUUCGAGUGCGCCGGUGAGGUCGAAGCCGUCGGCGAGGAAGUCGAAGGAUUCAAGGUCGGAGACCGCGUGGUGGCGCUGCCCGAGUUCCGCGCCUGGUCCGAGCUGGUGGCCGUCCCCACCAAGUACGUGUACCACAUUCCGGAGGAGAUGAGCUUCCAGGACGCGGCCGCCACCGUGAUGAACUACCUGGUCGCGUACAUCCUCAUCUUCGAUUUGGUUUCGCUGCGCGAGGGCAAAUCCAUCCUGUUGCACUCGGUCGGCGGUGGAGUGGGUCAAGCCAUCGUGCAGCUGGCUCGUACCGUGCCCAAUGUGACCAUCUUCGGCGUGUGCUCCAAGUCGAAGCACGAGGCUCUGGCCGCUACCGGGCUGAUCGAUCAUUUGAUCGACCGGGCCGACUAUGUCAACGAGGUUCGCAAGAUCACGACCGAGGGCGUUGACGUCGUGCUGGACUGUCUGUGCGGUGAGGAGUGCAACCGAGGAUACGGUCUGCUGAAGCCGAUGGGCAAGUACAUCCUGUACGGAUCGUCCAACGUGGUCACCGGCGAGACCAAGAGCUUCUUCAGCGUUGCUCGUUCGUGGUGGCAGGUGGACAAAGUGUCCCCGAUCAAGCUGUUCGACGAGAAUAAGAGCUUGGCCGGCUUCAACCUGCGGCAUCUGCUAUACCAGCAGGACGGUUCCGCGUACGUGACGGCCACCGUCGAGAAGAUCUUCGGGCUGUGGAAGGACGGCAAGAUCAAGCCCGUCGUGGACAGUGCCUGGGCGCUGGAGGACGUUGCCGAGGCGAUGCAGAAGAUGCACGACCGCAAGAACAUCGGCAAGCUGGUGCUGGACCCGUCGAUGGAACCGAAACCGAAGCCGGCGACCCCGGCCAAGACCAAGAACAAGAAGCAGGCCAGCGAGGACAAGAGCGGCAAGAAGGGCGGCGCCGGCUCGGACAAGGAAGACGACAAAAAGUCGGCCGAGAACGGUGAGAACGGCGAGAAGAAGGAGGGCGAAGAGGCCGCGGCCGAGGCCAAGACGAACGGAGAUGCGGCCGAGGAGGGAGCGGCAGCCGCCGUGAACGGGGACAGCGUGGAGAAGAAGGACGAACCGGCGGCGGCGGCGGCUACCAACGGAGAUGCUACCGAGAGUGAGAAAAAGGAAUCGAGUUGAACAUCUUAAGCUGACACCGGCUUUGAAAACAAGAAUCAUGCCACACCAACAACUAAAAAAAAAAAUAAGAACAAGAACACAGAAAUAUCCAUCAACAACACACUCACAUUCAAGACACCCACAACACUUUCCACAGUUCCAGCAAAUGGAACACAAUUCCUGAACGCGUGCUGACUGACCAACGUGCAGCUGAUUUCCUUUCCAAACAGUUUAACAUUACGAAGCUGAUUGCACAAACAAAAGUGUUUUUUCAGCAAGACAGUGAAAACUUGUGUUUGCCUCCUUACAGGAACAUGAUUUAUUGUUCCCACCCCCCCAUACAAAUUGGACCAACAUGCAAGCCUGAUGCUGGCUGAAACGGAAGGAAAAGUCACCCUAAGUUUUUUUUUAUAUGUUUUAUUUGAUGUGAAUGCACUUGGUUUGGCCGAGAAAUUUCCAACAUUUUGCGCUGUUUGGUGAUGCUAGACGAUCUCGUUUUAAUAAAACAAUUUUUCCUCCUCAAUCGUUCCGUUACAGCAAUCAUUAUGUUGCGAAAACAUGCUAAGAUGUAAGCUAAUUAAGCGAAAUAAAAUUUAAACAAACUCACUGAACACAAACGAGCCUCAAAAAUGUUGAAGGUUUCAGGAUGCACUCACACACACAAACAAAAAUGAAAGAAACAAACAUCAGAUAGAGAUUUCAUCCCGGAUCAUCACCUUCAUUGAUAAAUAUAUAUUACAAAAAACGGUAACAGUGGACUUAGGCACAAUGGUUUUUUUCUAUUCUUUCAGUUCAGUUAGCGUUUAUUAGUGUUAGGGAUUAUUAAUUUAUCGACUUGAUUUGAGAAUUAUGGAGCAGCAAAAAAUUUAAAAUUUUAACUAUGUGUCAUUUAAUAUUGUAAUAUUUAAAUAUAUAUGUUUAAAUCUAUGUAUAACAAAGAAAAAAGAAAUAAUUGAUUUAAAAAUAUAUAUUAGAUUCUAUAUUACGAGAAUGAUUCUUCGUUUCCUUACGGUAAAGUUUAUUUUUACAGCAAAACAACAACAACAAAAAUCAAGAAAAAGAGACCAUUUUUACUCUGUGAGAAGAGCGCGAGAGAAUGAGAGAAAUGUCAUACAUUCGAUAGAGCACAAGCAUGCAAUUUCAUUCUACUAAAGUUCAGUUAAAUUGCAACUUUCGUCUUAAGAGUUAGCGAGAACAACACUAUCGAUGAGAUGUCUUCUUUUGUAUAAAUUUUUAAAAUAUUUUUAUUUUAUAAUACAUUUCAUAAAGGAUUGAAGAAAAAUAUUAUCAAUAUAAUUUCGUUUUUAUUUCUGUUUCUCUUAUGUUCCGAAAUCACCUUUCCGUUGCCCAUUUCACCACCAAAUCGCACCAUCCAUCACCCUCACAGCACACGUUUGAGUUCGCUGCUAAAGAAGCAAACUUUGUAAAAAACAAAAUCACCUCUAAGGUUUGUUCACAUCGAUUCUAGGUUUUAAAAACUGACCAGGUCCUGCAUCAAAACGGCGGAAGAAGGUGGGAAUCACCAAACGCGAAGCCCGCGAAAAUAAAAAGUUGAGAAAGUAAAAUAUGGGUGACGUUGGAGAGGAAGGAAAAAGCUACAAACAAAUAAAAGAAACCAGAGAUGAAACUGAGAAACCUGUUGCUGUUGAUUUGUUCAUUGUUUGAGAGAAUUAGAAUAAACAAAAAAAAAGGAGAAAAGAAGAGAACCAGCCAUGUUAAAUUCAGUAACUGUGACGUCGUUAGGCUAAACUCAAAGAAGUAACGCAUUAUUAUAGCAACAUAAACACACAAAGAAUCACCCAAUUUCCCAUAUGCAAGCUACACCAUAUGCUGUUUUUGUACAUCAUUUGAAUAACUGCUUACUUGUAGUGUGAAGAGAAGAGAGACACUUGUAUCUAAUAGGAGCUAAACUAUACAUAAAUUAUACAUGUGCUUUUGAUGUUUACACUGUAACAAUAUGAUUACACUAUUGCAGCUGCCUAUCGGCAGACAAACCAGCUUUCAAAUCCAGUUCUUUUCUUCUUAUUGAACCAGUUUCAUCACCAUUCAUCGAGUUGUUACUCAUUGAUUGGUGAGUUCUGGCAAUUUACUCGAGGAGGUAUUAGACUAUGGCAAACAAAGAAACAAACUCGCACUUUUUCGCGUUGUUAAAAUCGCAAACACGACUGUAAUGUAUGCACGCUGACUGUAAUGUAUGCACGCUGACAAAAUGUGCGCGUUUGUUUGCUGUAAUCUAAUACCGCCUUCACAGGAAAGUCAAGACCGACUGAAAUUUGCCCUGAAAGCAAAGCCAGUUUCGAGUAAAUUGUCACAUUUUAUCCUUAUUUUACCAUGCAAACGAAAGUUUGUUCAACAUUACUCAAGGAAUUGAAAAUGCUUGAAUAUCCCAACUCUUUAGCACGAAGAAAACAACAGAAAAUAGUUCUUGCUGGAAAUGAUUGACAACAAAGAACAUCAGUAUGGUGAACAAGACAGGAAGAGAAGAAAAAACCACAAAGCAAAGCGAACGGUAUUUUAGAAUAGGGAUUAUAAAAUUUCAAAGAUUGAGGCUAAAUGAUAGACUAGAAGAAGAUCUAUUCAAUAUACAGAGCGUCGAGAUGAAGUGAGAGAGAGGGAAAACCGGACGGUAGAAAUCGGAUUGUGAUACAUUACAAAAACAUUUUCGAAACAUCUUUAUGCUGAGAAAUGGCACCUGCACGCGGUAUUCAAAUGGCACUGAAAGAAACACAUCGCUUUCGAGUGUGUGAGAGCAAAAUGCUUCAACAACCACCGAUGCUAGAAUCUUAAUCCACUUUUUGGACGAUUUUAACAAUACAAACACAAUCUCGUAGGUCGGUUUUAGCAGCGAUGGUAGGGGAAAGAGCACUCUUAUUCACCCUAGAUUGCGUCUUCCUAGGCACAAUAACAAAAAUACUAAAUCUUUUAAUAUCAGUACACACUAAAAAAACUACCGCUGUAGGCAUUUUUGCAAGCAGUUUAGUAUUUUUUAAGAGAUCUUUCCGAAAUCAAACGAACAACACGCACUGCCUCCAGAGCGACAUUUUUGUAACAUUUCUUAAAGAUUGGAAAUUUUAAACUGCCAUCACAUCAGUACCGGUUUGGAACCUUUUUUGAAAGAAAUACAAGUUGCUCACCAUGCACCAUCUCGUCAAAGAAAUCACAAACGUUUACAACAUCGGACCCAAUCUAAGAAUCGCUGGAUGAUCAACACAAAGUUCAGAACUAUCCUAGAAUAGAUUAAAUAUGCUUUUCCCCCGAUACACUUUUUGUACAACUCACUCUUCCCCUUUUUGAUAAAGAGCCACACCCUUCAUUUGCGAAUGCACUUUGCAGUAUCCCCUCUCGACAUAUCACCCACUAGUUUUUCGAAUACCUUUUGCCUGCUUUUUGAGAACGGUUUAUAUAGAAUAUUCAAAGGCUUUACAUAUUUUGACAAAUAUACAGUGCGACUAGCGGAUCGCAACUUUUUCAGCCCUUUGUCAAAACGCUGCGACACAUCAAACAAGCUUCUUGCAAAGAAAGUGAAACCGCAUUGCUGAUAGAGUUAGAACCAGUACCAGAACACUCGCAGAGCGGUCUAAACAAAAUCAAACGAACACGGAAAUAAUUGAAAAUCAACCAAAAAUACCUAAAUUAUAAAUAUGUAUAUUCGUAUAAAUAUAUACAAAGCAUUCCGAUAAUGUAUACAUUAUAUAUAUAUUUAUAUAUAACAAAACCAAAAAACAUGUACACUCUCAAACAAAAACAAAGAAACAAACUAAGUGGAACCAACAAACCCGAUGAAUGUCACACGUAACACCGAUACACGAAAAAAAAUGCUUACAAUCUCUAUAAACUCUCACAAACAUUAACGAAAGAAGAAAACGAAAACUCUCAGAACGAUAGUGCAAAACUGGGGCGCACCUAUCGUGUGGUGUAAAAUCAUUGUAGAAGAAAGUUGACCCCAUGCUGAAACACUGCAUUCAAAAACUGUAAUGAUGGAAGAAAACGGCGACAAAAACGCCAUGUGAUUGUAACCAUCUGGAUAUGCCGAACGAUAUGAAGAUGAAAUAAAGAAACGAAUGGUAACCAGCAAAA